UCUCAUUGUUGCGCCGCGCCGCGCCUGCUGAAUUUUGACUUGGAAAUGGACGCGUCUAUGGUGACUGAUGGUGAAGACGCUAGCGCGCCUUACGUGAAGAUCGGUGUGUCGUGCCUGGUGGCCGCGGUCAUCGUAGUGGCGUACACCGCCUACAGGCUUACUCACAGGCCGCCAAACUUCAAGACAAUGGGACAAUGGGCAGUUGUCACAGGAGCAACAGAUGGAAUUGGGAAAGCUUAUGCAUUUGCUCUUGCAAAGAAAGGACUGAACAUUUUGCUUAUCAGCCGAUCUCGUGAAAAGUUGAUAGCUGUUGCAACAGAGAUACAAAAUAUCCAUAGAGUCUCCACAGAAUUUGUGCAAGUAGAUUUCACAAUAUAUGACAAUACUACCUAUUCUCCUAUAGCAGAAAAGUUAUCAAGUUUGGAUAUUGGAGUUCUUGUCAACAAUGUUGGAAUGAGUUACUCUUAUCCAGAGUACCUGCAUGAUGUGCCAAAUAAGGAAAAAUUGUUCCUAAAUAUUAUAAACUGCAAUAUUGGUUCUGUAACUCAAAUGACACAGCUAGUCAUUCCUAGCAUGCUAAGCAAGGGAAGAGGUGUGAUAAUCAAUGUAUCAUCAACAGCAGCACUUAUUCCAAGCCCGUUGCUAACUGUAUAUGCAGCAUCUAAGGCAUACACAGAAAAAUUCUCGAGAGACCUCGCAGAUGAAUACCGGCACAAAGGUCUAGUAAUACAGUGUGUUUCACCUGGAUAUGUGGCUACCAAAAUGAGCAAAAUUCGGAGACCAUCUCUCAUGGCACCAGAUGCCAAAAAAUAUGUUGACAGUGCUCUAAAAAAAGUGGGAGUGACAGAAAGUACAACUGGAUAUUUUCCACACAGUAUUCUGGUCUUUACUGUGAAGACAAUAAAUCUUAUCUGCCCACCACUUAUAACAUUUAUCAUCAAAAAUACACAACAUAAUAUACGCAGGAGAUUUUUAAAAAAGGGACUGACUUACUGAAGCAGAUAAAAAUGUUUAAUAAUAAGAAUUUCUAUGAACAACUAAAAUCCUGGCAAGCAUCUGAAAUGUCAGUCAGGAAAACAACCAAGUGUCUGUUACAGGGCUAACAGAACUUCCCUAAAUAUGUGGACUUGUGAGAACUGCAAGAUGGAACCAAUGCUACAGUCCAGAAGCAUGCUGAAGAAGGGCAAAAUAUGAAUUCCAUGUUCUAAUAGGACACACAUGUUCCCCUUAAUUUGUCACAUUCUUGCCAAGAAUGUAAAUAUUUUAGAAGUGAUACGUAAUGCAUCACAGAUUUUAGCAACAUAAAUAUGUACCAUAAAAAGCACAUUUUCAUGGAUACAUUACAUGUUGUUUGUUAUUUAAAAUUGUUACUUGAAUAAAUAAUGUUGUAUAAAACA